AUGUUCCAACGGUCACUUCGGACACCCGCCCUGCGCGGAGCCCUUGCCGCCCUUAGACCAACCGCCACCUCGCACACUCUCCUGCCACGAAUCGGCGCCUCUUUGUCACAAGCAAGACUCUUGUCCAAUGAAGUACGUCAAGCCAUAGACAGAGCUGUGGCAUCGGCUCCCGUGGUGUUGUUCAUGAAAGGCACGCCCGAAACGCCACAGUGUGGGUUCAGUCGGACGUCGAUCCAGAUCUUGGGUCUACAGGGCGUGGACCCGACUAAGUUCACGGCUUUCAAUGUCCUCGAGGAUGGAGAGCUGAGAAGCGGUAUCAAAGAAUAUUCCGACUGGCCAACGAUCCCACAGCUAUAUGUAGACGGCGAAUUCAUUGGCGGCUGCGACAUCCUAAUCAACAUGCACAAGGACGGCAGCCUGGCGCAGCUCCUGGCGGAGAAGAAUGUGAUCGUUGAGGAAGAUGCCGAGCCAGAAACCGAUGAUGUUGAAGGCCAGAAGGCCCAAGAGACGCGCGAGACAACGGAGCAAAGUACGGGUGGCAGGUCGAAAGAUGCAAAGGGCGAGAGCUCGUGA